CAACAGCGUCCGGUAGUUUCCGCGCUCAUAUAUGAAUCAAGAAUUCACCUACAGAUUUGUGAUAUUACUGUUUGCUUACCGACAGGGAACUUUUAUAUAGUUGUUAAUCGCAUAAAGUACGUCUUUUUAGUGUAGCGAACGGGGAUUCACCGGGUACAUUUUUCUUUUUGGUAAGGAACCGACCAAUCCGCAGUAGUGUUCAUAUUUGGGUAGUUUAUUUAGUUUAUGACAUUAAUAUUUCAAUGAAGCUGUUAAGUGAUCACAGUAUUAUUUUGCGGCAGUAUCAUCUUGACCACGUCCGUAGACAAUUUUUUUCUUGCUUCUGCAUUACCAACGUUGUUUAAUGUUUCUGAUGUUGGAGUACCUGUAUGGCGCAUUUGAGUUGAAUGCUCAUGUGGUGGACUGUGUUGCAAACAAUUGCUGAUGCAACAGUGAAUGCUGGUAGCAGUUCGGUGUGAAGUCUUGACCAGUGUGGAGGUACGUGCGGUGUUUCUCCGUAAAGUGUCCGUGACAUACUCUGUAAACCAUGUAUGCAAACGACAUCAUCAGAUCACUACACGGUGCUGUAAGAACCGGCAACUUGCAAGAUGUCCUGGAAAUGCUGUCGAAAGGAGCAGACGUCGAAGCCGCAGACAUUUUUAAGGUACGACCGAUCCAUAUUGCUGCGGAGGAAGGCCACUUGGACAUUCUUAAAGCGCUUAUCGCAAGGGGCUGUAACGUAAAUGCACUCGCGGCUUGCGCUACCCCAUUGUUCAAUCAGCUGGAGCGGGGAAUGACACCGUUACAUUUUGCUGUCAGAAACGCUGACCCAAACCUCGCGCUUUGUUUGAUUAGUGCUGGCGCUAAAGUGAACACCGAGAAUAGUUCCAAAGUGGUUCCACUGCACCUUGCCGCACAACAUGGCCAUUUGUCGGUAGUGAAGGCUCUAGUUUCUGCGAAUGCAGACGUAAAUGCUGAGGACAACAUAAAAGUCACCCCACUUGUUUCCGCUGUGGCCCAGAAUUUUGAAGACGUUGCCAAAUUUCUUGUGCAGAACGGUGCAGUUGUAAAUGCUAGAAAUUCAGAACGUGCGACACCACUGCAUUUCGCAGCAGAAAUGGGAAAUGUUAACAUAGCAAAGCUGCUGAUUCAGAACCAGGCCGCGAUUAAUGCAAAGAAUCUGGAAGGCUUCACUCCAUUGCACGUGUCUAUACAAAACAGACAUGCCGUAGUAAGUCAGUUUUUAAUAAAUAGUGGAGCAGAUGUGAAUGCGACAGAUGAAGAGGGAUGGACCCCUUUGCAUAAUGUAGCACACAGUGGAUACCCAGCGGAAACCGCUAGACUUUUGAUUGCGAAAGGUGCUAGCGUGAAUGCGCGGGAAAAGAUCGGACGAACACCCCUGCACCUUGCUGCAGCGAUUGAUUUCACCGAUGUAGUGAACAUCCUGAUCACAAACAAAGCUGAUGUUAAUGCGACUGACGAUCGGAUGUGGACGCCAUUGCAUAGCGCAGCUUACGACGGCCAUUUGGAUACUACAAAAAUUCUAACUGUCAGCGGUGCUAAAAUUGAUGCGAGGACUGAAAAUCAGACUACACCACUGCAUUUUGCAGCAGACUACUGGCAUGUCGAAGUAGUUAAAUACCUUUUGGCAAAAGGAGCCGAAGUUAAUGCUCGAGAUCACACAGACUGGACGGCACUUCACUUUGCAGCAGAUGAGGGUUCCACCCUAGUUCCUGUAGGGGCGUCGGGACACUCGGGUGCAGCAGCGCAGGACUCAAAAAUGAAUACUGUGCGAGCUCUCAUCGAAAACGGGGCUGAUAUAAAUGCAAAGGGAAGCAACGAUGAAACAGCUCUGCACGUAGCCGUUAAGUAUGGCGAUUUAGCAACCCCUAGAUACCUGUUACAGAACGGUGCGUAUUAUGAUGUGACGACCGUAUCUUUCUUUGGUAACAUUUCCGUUUCACAAAUUGCUGCGAUGAGAAGAAACGAAGAAUUAAAUGCUUUAUUGUGUGCUGUUGAAAAUCUGUUUAAAGCUGUGACAAGAGCCAAGUGUGUUGAAAUUGAAAAAUGUGUUAAAGAAGGAGCACCAGUCAACAGCAGAAGCGUGAAGUAUGGUACUCCACUUAUGUAUGCAUCAUGGAAAGGACAUUUAGACGUUGUUAACGUUUUGCUUAAAAAUGGGGCCAGUAUUACUUUGAGUAACAGUAAUGGUGUUACUCCGCUACAUUAUGCAGCAAAAUUUGGGCAUCAUGGAAUAUUGUGCGCCUUAUUGCAACAUGGUGCAGUGUACGAUGCAAGAACCAAAACAGGCAAAAAAACACCACUACAUUUCGCUCAAGAAGGAGGUAAAAAAGAAAUUACAGAGACUCUAAAACUGAUUGAAUCUAUGUUUAUUAGAGUAAGCAAAAAGAAUAACACAGUGCUGAAAGAGUUAAAUGAAUUAAAGAACGUAAAACAUGCUGUAUUUCUUGCCAUUAAAAAAUGCAAAAAUGUAAAUAACGCAACUCUGGCACAAAUAGCUUUUAAUAAUGGGUGUAAUGAACUUUGUAAAUUGUUUUGUGAAUAGAGUUUUAGUGAUUUUGUAAUCAGAAAAGUAGCCAUUUCGAGCUGUUUUAUGAAGAUAAAAUUGCUUCACAUUGUAAUGACAGUCAGUGUUCAUUUGAGAUGUCAGGUUCUUUUUUUUCACUCUAGUGAUUGUUCAUCGACAAACAAGAAACUUAACGUUUGCACAACUGACAUUGCCUACCACAUUCCUGUGAAUAUCCGUAUGCAUCAGUACAUUUUUUACCAGUAUUGUUUAUUACUAGGCUACAUAUCAGAAAUCCAAAGUUCAACACUUUUGUGCUAAACUUCAGAAUACACAUGUUUUGUUAGGGAACUGGCACACUCUUGCCUAUUAUUGCUAAAUGUAUUUUAUAUUUUCUCUCACCUCAGUGUUAGAAAUAUGUGAAAAUAAUCAGUACAGUAUAUAUUUUGUUGAAAUGUCAUAAGGCCUAUGAUUUUUUAAACAAUGAUCAGUUAUUCACUCCAUUAACUGUGAAAAACAUAAUAACAAUAUUGACAUUUAAGAACAUAUGAAGUGUUAUGUUUAAAGAGUGUUGCAGGAUAAUGAAAAUGUGUUAAUCAUGUGUGAAGUGUGAUGAUGUUUAAGACUGUUGUAGAAUAAUAAAAUUCAUUCCUCCUUGUACUGAAAUAGUACUGAGAUGCUGCACAGAUGUAUAAUGUAGUUUAUAUUUAUAAGCUGCAUGGAUUGUAUCAUUCUAAUUUCAUAAUCAUUCAAUAAAGUCUUUCAAUAAUUACUAUAGCUAACAUAUUUUAUGAUCUGUCAGAAAUCUAUGUGAAACAGGAUCACUGCAGUUGCAAUAGUGAUGACUGAUGGAUGUCAUUUCACAAAAGCAAAUA